CCUUAAACCCUACGUAUUCUCAUACAAUAUUUAUAUAUAUAUAUAUAUAUAUAUGCAAAUCAACUUCCUAAUUUAUCCCCCGCCAUGUCUGAGUCCUCCCGAAAAUCUCUCUACCCAGAAGUCAUUCUUACCAACCCAGAAGCUGUUUCUCUUCCCACUUCAAAACCCACUUCUUCUUCGUCGUCCUCAUACCCUUCCCUCGACAUGAAAGAGCUCGCCGAGAAACUUUUCCCCGAUACCGACGAUGUCGUUUCGCCGCACCCCACGAAUCUCCAAUCUUCCGAACAAGUUCUGAUCAAGAUUCCCGGAACAAUAGUCCACCUUAUCGAGAAAGAAAACAGCGUCGAGCUCGCUUCCGGCGACCUCAUCAUAGUCGGACUCCGACAAGGCGAUAAUAUCGUCGCCGUUCUUGCCCGUGUCGGGGAUGAGAUUCAGUGGCCGUUGGCUAAAGACGAGGCUGCUGUGAAGCUCGACUAUUCUCACUAUUUCUUCACUCUUCGUGUUCCGGUAAAUGGGUCGCUGGAAAAUGACGACGAUAAUGACGGGAUCUCGGUCACUGAUAAUAAGGAUCAUCAGUGCGAUUUGUUGAAUUACGGAUUGACGAUCGCGUCGAAAGGACAAGAGGGUCUGUUGAAGGAAUUGGAUAGGAUUUUGGAAACGUAUAGCUGUUUCUCCGUGCAGAAAGUGAAGGGUUUGGAGGGGAAUUGGAAGGGACUGGAUGGGUCUUUGGCGAGGGAAACUUCACCGGAGGAGUUGAAGUCGAAGGAGAAGAAGGAGUUGAUAAGGAAGAGCUCGGCUGCGUACUGGUCGACUUUGGCUCCGAAUGUGGAGGAUUACAGUGGAAGUGUGGCGAGGUUGAUUGCUGCUGGGUCAGGGCAGCUGAUCAGAGGGAUUUUGUGGUGCGGUGAUGUUACGGUGGAUAGGUUGAAUUGGGGAAAUGAAUUCUUGAAGAUAAGGAUGGGUCCGUGUUCCAAUUCGGAGAUUAGUCCAGAAGCCUUGAAGAGAAUUAAAAGGGUUAAGAAGCUAACGAAGAUGUCGGAAAAAGUGGCCUCAGGAAUCCUUUCUGGGGUUGUCAAAGUAUCUGGAUUCUUCACAAGUUCAAUAGUAAACUCUACGGUGGGCAAGAAGUUCUUUAGCCUCCUGCCUGGAGAAGUUGUCCUUGCUUCCUUGGAUGGAUUUAGCAAGGUAUGUGAUGCUGUUGAAGUUGCUGGAAGGAACGUGAUGUCAACCUCAUCAACGGUGACAACUGGACUUGUUUCACAGAGGUAUGGAGAACAAGCAGCAAAGUUGACAAACGAAGGGUUCGAUGCAGCAGGGUAUGCUAUUGGAACUGCAUGGGCCGUGUUCAAAAUAAGAAAGGCUCUCAACCCGAAGAGUGUCAUUAAACCUACAACUUUAGCCAAAGUUGCUGCGGAAGCAAAUUCUUCCAAGUUGAAGGCUAAACACAAAAAGUGAAAGCGGGACCCCCUUUUUCUUCAUCUCUCCUGUUAUUGAAGCUGUGAAUGAAUAGCUGAUAUAGGAAAAGAUGUAUGUUAUAUGCUAAAGUUUGUAUUGAGCUUUUACUCUUUGUAGUUGUGAGCGUACUCAUAUGUUCAUUUAUAAUUUAUUGUGGAUAUUUGAGUGGAAAAUGUUUUUCAGCUA